AUUAAAACGUAGCCAAAACUCGAGGCAAGCGUCAAAAUUCAAAGUUUCACCACUGGCGUUUUCGGGGCAGUUCUAGAUAAAAACUACAGCAAGACACACACGUAUAUUCCAGUCCCCAAAAAAGUUCUAAACUGAUUUUUUCCACAAGCAUCAAACUACACCUCAAAAAUAAAUAUAACGCCAACCUUCUUGAGCCGCGGAAAAAGCGCAACAACAUAUACGAUUACGAUAACAGAAUGUCGGCAGCCGGAGAGAACGAGAACUCUGAUGAGGAGUACUAUGUAGACGAGUCCUUCGAGGAGGACUCGCAGUCCGAGGUUGAGGAGCAGGAGGAGGAGGUAGAAGACGAGCAAGUGGAUGAGGAGGAGCUUGAGGUGGAUGAACAGGAAGCAAACACCGUUCUGCUGGAGGAGAGCGACACGCAGAGCGAGAGCGAUGUGGAGGCCGAGUUCCUGCGUGGCAACCCGCACGCCCGUCGCCAGCAAAUGGUGACCGGCCGUUCGACCGGAGGCUUCAACCGUGAUCGUAUGAUGACCUACCCGAGCUCUUCGGACGAUGAGGAGAGCCAGGUGGUCAUCACCAAGACGGUGGCCGAGGUAAAUCAACUCAGUCUGUGCUUAGACACGGCCCAGGACGAUGAGAUGCCAUCGGUGCGCACUCUAAUGCCUGGCAGUGCCCAUGCACAGACUGCUGAUGAUGAUGACGACGACGAUGUCGAGGAGGUCUACGAGCUAGAAGAGGUUGAGGAAUACGAAGAGGAGGAGGAGCUAGAGGAGGACGAUGACGGAGCCCAAAGUGAUGGCACCAUGGCAUCGAACCAUGGUCGGCAGGAGGCCGACGAGGAGAGCGACGAGGAUGAAGCCACUGAUGUGGAAGUGGAACAGCUCGAGGAGGAUGAGCCAGUUGUCCCUGUUGCGAAGGAGAAACCUCCGCUGCCGCAGGAGGAUCUCGUUUCGCUGGUGGAUGCCAGUGACAAUAGCAGCGAGUAUAGUGUUACCACCAUUGGCAUGGCUGGUGCAGAAACAGACGUUACCCUGGCGGAUGCUUCUCCAAGGUUCCAAAAGCAGCAACCUGACGCCAGCACAGAGCCUGUUACAGUGAUGGAAUCCAAGAUUGAGAAAGAGGAGCACGAGAAGCUUCCCGUUGCGGAGCCGCUAAUGCAACUGAAUAACUUCCUGGACAGUAGCGAAACCGACGAUGUCCAAGAGCCGGAUGAGGCCACCGUAAGGUAUCUGGAGAAGCAGAUGACGCAAAUGUCAGAGAUGAUCAUGAAGACAUUCCGGAUCAAUGGCGGAGCCACUAAUAGUCAGGCCUUUGAACAGCUGGCCAGGGCCACGGAGUUAAUGCAGCAGCAUAGCCGUAGACGCGAGGACAGCGAGUCGGAGGUUACAUCGAUAACGGAAUCUGCACUGACCAGUGCUCGUACCUGUGGCGGCGAAAAAUCCCCCAUGAGAAUGCGCUAUCAGCGCUCUCAGGAGUCAAUAAUCACACGAUCGUCCAAAAUACCCAGGCCCAAGUGCAGAUGCCCCUCGGAAUCUGAGCUUCGGGAGCAGGAGCAGGAAAUGGGCCAAAGCUUAGGCGUAGAUGAGGAACUACUGGAUCCUGGCAUGCAACUCGGUAUGGGAAUGGAGCAGGGCUUUCUCAUGGACGAGUGUGGGCAGGGGGAUGGUCUGAUGCGGCAUCCACCUCAGGGAAGACCGCCGGCGUUUAAUAGGCGCGCGACUAGUAGCACUCCGAGCAGCUUCAAUAGUGACGGAGGCCAGUAUCCCAUGAACGUGUCGCGUUCCCGCUGCUCCAACGAGAAGUUCAAUUACAAGAACUUGGGCCGAAAGAGCUUUACCUUCACCAAUGUCCAGGUGCGAGAGAUCGAGCGUCAGAACCAGAUCCUUCUCCGAAAGAUGAUGACUGUGAAGCCCACGGCCACCAUCAAGGCAAGCACCAGCUCCCUGAAGAUAGGCUCAAACGCACCCGAGCGUCAACCACCGCCGGCGCCGCGACUCACCAGCGCAGCUGUGAACCGAAAGAAGUACCAGCGACAGAUCGAUCUGGACAACGACGUGCUCAAGCGGAAGCUGGAGGCCAUUGGCACCCGGCGCUCGCAGUUCAAGUGACGUCUCCAACUGUGUUCAUUGUAUGUUUUAGAAGUGUUUAAUGGGAAUUUACAAAAUUAAAAUUUAUUGCAAGUUAAGAAAUGUGAA